GCAUGCGUGUGUUUAAACGUUGGCGCGACCCUCCUCAGCCUCAGAAACACGUUAUUCAGUCUCUUUGAAAACCAUAAGACAAAGAAAUGAAUCACUGUGAGCUCGAGGAAGUGACACAACAUAUAAAUGACAAGAUUUCCAUGAUCAAAAGACUCUUGGAGCUUCGAGCUGUUGCAAAAGAUCCAGAUAAACGGGGGACACUUCUCAAAAUUGAACAAGAAGUCAGUGCCAUCAACGAGCUUCUUGAUCGUUUUGAGAGAUAUGUGGGCCAGCAGAGAGAUCUACUGAAGCAUUUAAAGGAUCUGGUAGAGUUUUUCCAGGAGGAUGAACAGGAUGUCCAACACCUAAAGAGCAACACCCCUUUGCACAUGCCCAGAAGAGGCCAACAAGCAGCUCACCAAGAAGGAGGACAGUUGGCAGUUCAGAGCAGGCAGACAGAUGCACCACCUGCCCCUCAGGAUCAGGCGUUGCCCAGGAAACCUCAGCGCAACCAGAUCAAAGAGAUGGAGUUCAUUAAUGUCCAAGAGUUUGACAGCAUACCACCGUACAUGAAAGGCCGUGUGACAUAUGAUCAGCUGAAUGCUGCGGUGCAAAGCAUCAACACAGCUGUAAUGGCAAAAUAUAAGAUCGUCCAUCAGUCAAUGAAGACCCUGAACAACGCGUCCCGUGCGCUCCACCAGCGCUUUAAAGACGAAGAAACAAAGGACACCAAGGGUCAUUUUUUCAUCGUGGAGCAGGACAUUCUUGAGUUUGCCCAGCUAAAGGUAGACAAGCGCUUUAGAGGCAUGUUGAAUAUGCUGCGUCACUGCCAGCGUCUGAAGGAGGUCAGAGGAGGCGGUCUCACACGCUUCAUCCUGCUCUAAAAGCUUGGCAGUUUUAAAAAGUACUAUGCACUAAUGUUUUGUGGCAAGCAGUUUAAAGAUGUCAACUGUAAACAGAAGGAUGUGAAGCUCAAUGAGUGAAUUUAGUACUCUGAUCUCCCAAGAAAUGCUUUGAGCUCAUUUUCAAUGGGAUACAAGAGAAUCCAUGUCCGUUUGAGAGCUGUUUGUCUUGGAUAACUGCUUUGAAAUCUUCCAGGUUCAAUACAAGUUAAGCUCAAUCGACAGCAUUUGUGGCUUAAUGUUGAUUACCACGAAAAUUAAUUUCAUAUGCAUAUUUUUUAUGUCUUGUGGCUAUACUUCUGAAACAGUGAGUAUUUUAACAUUUAUAGAUUGGCCCCAUUCACUUCCAUUUUAAGUGCCUCACUGUCACCUUGAGUUUUGCUUUUUUUUUUUUUUUUUUU